AUGUCCAGUGGGGGGGAGGGGAUCUGCAGCAGCAGUGGGGGGAGGGGAUUUGCAGCAUCAGCCCCCCCCCCCCCCCCCCCCCCCCGCCCUUUUCUCCUCUCUCUCUGCCUGCCGCACUCUGUGUUGGGAGGGGGGGGGAGCUUGGAGGUUCAGAGGGAGGCAGGAGGGGAUCUGCAGCACCAGCCCCCCCCGCCCCCCCCCUUUUCUCCUCCACCCCUGCUGCGGGUGCAGCAGUGGGGGGGAGGGGAUCUGCAGCAGCAGUGGGGGGAGGGGAUUUGCAGCAUCAGCCCCCCCCCCCCCCCCCCCCCGCCCUUUUCUCCUCUCUCUCUGCCUGCCGCACUCUGUGUUGGGAGGGGGGGGGAGCUUGGAGGUUCAGAGGGAGGCAGGAGGGGAUCUGCAGCACCAGCCCCCCCCGCCCCCCCCCUUUUCUCCUCCACCCCUGCUGCGGGUGCAGCAGUGGGGGGGAGGGGAUCUGCAGCAGCAGUGGGGGGAGGGGAUUUGCAGCAUCAGCCCCCCCCCCCCCCCCCCCGCCCUUUUCUCCUCUCUCUCUGCCUGCCGCACUCUGUGUUGGGAGGGGGGGGGAGCUUGGAGGUUCAGAGGGAGGCAGGAGGGGAUCUGCAGCACCAGCCCCCCCCGCCCCCCCCCUUUUCUCCUCCACCCCUGCUGCGGGUGCAGCAGUGGGGGGGAGGGGAUCUGCAGCAGCAGUGGGGGGAGGGGAUUUGCAGCAUCAGCCCCCCCCCCCCCCCCCCGCCCUUUUCUCCUCUCUCUCUGCCUGCCGCACUCUGUGUUGGGAGGGGGGGGGAGCUUGGAGGUUCAGAGGGAGGCAGGAGGGGAUCUGCAGCACCAACCCCCCCCCGCCCCCCCCCCCCUCUUUCUCCUCCACCCCUGCUGCGGGUGCAGCAGUGGGGGGAGGGGAGUUGCAGCAUCAGCCCCCCCCCCCCCCCCCCCCCCCCCUCCCCCCCCCCCCACUUCUCCUCCAUCCCCCUGCUGCGGGUGCAGCGGUGGGGGGGAGGGGAUCUGCAGCCCUGUGCUGCCCUGCAGCCCUGCACGCCCUGCGCGCCCUGCUGUCCUGCUGCCCUGCGCGCCAUGCGCGCCCUGCAGCCCUGCGCGCCCCGCGCGCCCUGCUGCCCUGCAGCCCUGUGCGCCCUGCUGCCCUGCAGCCCUCCCUGCUGCGCCCCGCGCGCCCUGCUGCCCUGCUGCCCUGUGCGCCCCGCGCGCCCUGCAGCCCUGCACGCCCUGCUGUCCUGCUGCCCUGCGCGCACUGCAGCCCUGCGCGCCCCGCGCGCCCUGCUGCCCUGCAGCCCUGUGCGCCCUGCUUCCCUGCAGCCCUGUGCGCCCUGCUGCCCUGCUGCUGCCGCUACAGCCCUUGCUGUUGCCGCUACAGCCCUUGCUGCUACCCUGCGCGCCCUGCGCGCACUGCAGCCCUGCGCGCCCCGCGCGCCCUGCUGCCCUGCAGCCCUGUGCGCCCUGCUGCCCUGCAGCCCUGUGCGCCCUGCUGCCCUGUUUGCCCCGCGCGCCCUGCUGCCCUGCAGCCCUGUGCGCCCUGCUGCCCUGCUGCCCUGUGCGCCCCGCGCGCCCUGCAGCCCUGUGCGCCCCGCGCGCCCUGCUGCCCUGCUGCCCUGUGCAGCAGUGGGGUGGGGGUAUGGGGGUGGCGGGUGUGGGUGCAACUGCGGGGUGGUGGGUAUGGGGGUGGCGGGUGUGUGA